CCAGCCGAAAAACCAGCAGAGAAGCCAGCCGAAAAACCAGCAGAGAAGCCAGCCGAAAAACCAGCAGAGAAGCCAGCCGAAAAACCAACUGAGAAGCCAGCCGAAAAACCAACUGAGAAGCCAGCCGAAAAACCAACUGAGAAGCCAGCCGAAAAACCAGCAGAGAAGCCAGCCGAAAAACCAACUGAAAAACCAACUGAAAAGCCAGCUGAAAAACCAACUGAAAAGCCAGCUGAAAAACCAACUGAAAAGCCAGCUGAAAAACCAACCGAAAAACCAACCGAAAAACCAACUGAAAAACCAACUGAAAAACCAAUUGAUGUUCCAAAAGCAAAACCGACUGGAAAACCAACUGAUGUUCCAAAAAUAGAUGAUCCAAAAACAAUAACAACUGAAGAACCAGCUGAAAAACCAACUGAAAAACCAAUUGAUGUUCCAACUGAUGUUCCAACUGAUGUUCCAACUGAUGUUCCAACUGAUGUUCCAAAGGUAAAUGAUCCAAAGGUAAAUGAUCCAAAGGUAAAUGAUCCAAAAACAAAACCAACUGAUGCUCCAAAAGUAAAACCAAAACCAACUGAAAAACCAAUUGAUGUUCCAACUGAUGCUCCAAAGGUAAAUGAUCCAGAGGAUCCAAAAACAAAAACAACUGAGGAACCAGCUGAAAAACCAACUGAAAAACCAAUUGAUGUUCCAACUGAUGUUCCAAAGGUAGAUGAUCCAAAAACAAAAACAACCGAAGAACCAGCUGAAAAACCAACUGUAAAACCAAUUGAUGUUCCAACUGAUGUUCCAAAGGUAGAUGAUCCAAAAACAAAAACAACCGAAGAACCAGCUGAAAAACCAACUGUAAAACCAAUUGAUGUUCCAACUGAUGUUCCAGCAAUUACUAAUAACCCUCAAACCAGUGAUGAAAAAGAGACCACCACUAAAACGACUAUUAACAUCGAUACACCUACAGUUACCAAUACUAACACUGAUACACUCACAAAUUCACCCGUGGAUAGACCUACAGACACCAAUACACCUACAAAGACCAAUAUCAACACAGGUACUAAUACUGAUAAAACUUCAACAGCUGAUCCAACAGUUACUCCAAUAAAUGACCCUAAUAGUAAUAAUCCUGCAAAGAGCAAUCCUGUAGAGUCUAUAACAACGAGCGAUAACGGAUCAAGCAAUACUGAAACCGCAACUGAUCAAUUUAUUCCACCUACAACUUUACCAAUCAAGGUGACAACUUUGUCUAAAAAUGAGAAUGAAGUGGCUACCACUACUACAUUUGCACCAGAUCUACCUAGGGUUAUUGUUAGUGAUAAUAAUGAAUCACCACCACCAAAUAGUGUCUUCAUAAAAAUAAAAUUACAACUUCCAUGGGAUAAAAUAGUUGCAAAUGAUGUUGUACCAGUUCAAAUUAUGGAUUUCUUGCCUAAAGAUCUUGCGAAGGCAGGAGGAAUUCCAUCUGAAGAUAUCAAGCCUAUUUCAUUAGAGGCUUCUGAUGGUGGAGAAGUUUUGCUUAAUAUCGCUAUCCCAGGAAAUAAAGUUAAUAUUAUUAAUGAUGUGAUAAAAAAUCCUACAAGUUCUUUUUAUACAAAUGCUACUACGCCAGAGUUAAAUCAUAGCGUAGAUUCAACAAGUUUAGUUAAUGGACCAAUACUUCCCAAUAGUACACAAGGUGAUUCAUCAGAUUCAUCAAACAAAGGUUUAGUAAUAGGAUUGGCAGUAACUGGCUCAGCUUUAUUAUAUGCAGGAUUGACAGCAUUGGUUAUAAGAGCAUAUAGACGAAGCAAAUUAAGAUCUUUGCAGCAACAAAAUGAUGCUAAUUAUAAUUAUGGAGCAGAUCUUGGAACUGGAAUUAAUAAUGUUAACGAUAUCGGUGAUGGUGGCAACGGCGGUGUUGAUAUGA